GCAAAUAUGGCCUUUCCUAAUACCGUCUUCGUUUUCACGUUAUUUUCUUUCCUUUCACUCCUCCCAUCGACAGAAUCUGUACUAACUCCCGAUUACUACAGCAAAACAUGCCCCAAGUUUCACGACGUACUGCAAACGGUCUUAUCUGGGAAGCAACUCAGUAACCCCACGACGGCGGCCGCCACCCUCCGUCUUUUCUUCCACGACUGUUUCGUUAACGGCUGUGAUGCCUCGUUGCUCAUUGCCUCCACCGCGUUCAACAAAUCCGAACUCGAUGCCGACAGCAACAUGUCGGUUGCCGGGGACGGUUUCGAUCUCAUCACUCGUGUCAAGACCGCUCUCGAGCUCGAAUGUCCCGGCAUUGUCUCCUGCUCCGACAUUCUCGCCGUUUCGGCUAGAGACCUCGUUGUGAUGGUCGGUGGUCCGUUCUAUGAAGUUCCCUUGGGGAGAAAAGACAGCAGGGAAUCUAGUCCUGUGAAUGUCGAUAAAUCCCUUCCGAAAGCUUUAACUCCGAUGAACGAUCUGCUCGCUCUCUUCGCUUCCAAAGGUUUCUCCGUCGAAGAAAUGGUCGCUCUCGUCGGCGCACACACCAUAGGUUUCUCCCAUUGUAAAGAGUUCGCCAACCGGAUAUUCCACUUCAGCAAGACAUCCGAGGUCGAUCCGGCCUAUAACCCUACGUACGCACAAGGGUUGAGGAAACUCUGCCAUAAUUAUACGAAAGAUCCGGCGAUGUCGGCUUUCAACGACGUGUACACGCCGGGAAAGUUCGAUAACAUGUAUUACAAGAAUCUACAAAGAGGGUUAGGAUUGUUGUCUUCCGAUCAGGCGAUGGUGACUGACCCUAGGACAAAACCAUUCGUCGACAGGUACGCCGCGAACCAGACGGAGUUUUUCGACAUGUUUGGUCGUUCAAUGCUUAAAUUGAGCCUUUUCAUGGUGAAGGAAAAUAACGAUGGGGACGUAAGGCGCAGAUGCGAUCAGUUUAAUACAAUUCAGAUUUGAUGAUGGAUCGCAUUACAAGAUUUAUAUACUACUUAAAUAUUGCGUUUUAAUCCUAAAACACUGUAUGGAAUUGUGAGAAUUGUCCAAGUAUAUAUUUUU